AUGAAACUUACUUCUGCCUCAAUUCUUCUCGCUUCGGUUUCACUCGCUGUCGCUGCUCCUGCCAAUGGAAAGGGAUACUUACUUGCCAAGACCCAAUUGAGGACAAUCACCCCUCCGGAUGACGUAUUGGACAAGCGCUCAGGCUCCUAUGACACUCCUUUGGCGAAUGAAAUCUAUGAAUAUAUUGCUACAUUCGAGCUUGGAACUCCUGGUCAAACCAUUGAAGCUCAGAUUGACACUGGAUCUAGUGACCUCUGGGUCUACACCCCUGCUGUGCAUGAAACUACCCCUUUCAACUCCAAGAAAUCUUCUACCUAUAAGUAUCUUAAUGGUAACUUUGAGAUAGAUUACGUGAAGGGCAGUGCUAGUGGAAAUUGGGUCACCGACACUCUUACUAUUGACGGAGUAUCUCUGAAGAAUCAGCAAUUCGCUACUGUUGCGCAAGACGAAGGUUCUACAGGUGUUUUUGGAAUUGGUCUUGAGGCUGAUGAGGCCAGUAGCACUGAAUAUGUCAACGUUCCUCAGAAUCUCGUCAAUCAAGGAUAUAUUAGUCACAAUGCCUACUCAUUGUAUUUGGAUGAUCUUGAAGCUUCCGAAGGUGCCCUGCUUUUCGGCGCUGUUGACAGUGCUAAGUACAGUGGAAAGCUUUAUACCCUCCCUCUCAUCUCUAAUAGCGCAUUCCAGGUCACUCUCAGCGGUAUUAGUGGUAGCACUGGAACGUCCCUCGGAGGUGCUACGUACGGAAUUUUGGACUCCGGCACUUCAUACACUUUCCUUCCCUCGGCAGAUGUUUCGGCCAUUGCUAGCUACCUUGGUGCUACUUAUGACUCUAGGCAGAAAGCCUACUUUUUCGACAGUCCUCCCUCCAAGUCCAUCGUCUACAACUUUUCCGGAGCCACUAUCACCAUCCCUCCUUCUGAGCUUGCUGUUCCUGCCUCUUCUAUCCAUCUGACUAAUACUAAGCCUUACUUCUUGCCCAUUCUUCCCAACACUCAAUCCUCGGGUUACAAUCUGCUUGGUGACAGUUUCUUGAGAAGCGCCUACGUUGUUUACGAUUUGGAAAACAAGGAAGUCUCAAUCGCUCAAGCCAGUUGGAAUAAUGCUAACUCCAAUAUUCAAAUUAUUUCUGGAACUGUUCCUGGCGCUGUUCCUGCCCCCAACGCUUAA